AUGAGCAGAGCCCCUAGGCGGGCCCUCCAGUCAGCCUCAGGUCAGGGGAAUCGGAUGGUGAUCGCUGCCGCCUCGCCACAGCACCUUGUCCGUCCCAGGUCCGCUCCUCGUGCGAGCCGAAAGGGGACGGCAAGAAAAAAAACAUCCCUCUCUGGUAUUGCAACACAGCGUGGUCCAGCCCUGCAUCUUGAGAGGCCAAAGCGCGCCGUCGAUGUGCCGCGCCCUUGCGAUGCCCACUGUUUCCCUUGCACGUCAUCGUCAUUAACACCAUCACUGUCUGUCACUGCGGCCAAAUUCGCGUUUCUUCGCAACAUGGAUAUGCUCGACAUCAUGACUGAAUCAUCUCCGUUGACAGAGCCGUCCGUUGAUUAUGUGAGUGUCCAUGAGCCAGGCAUGCUUGGCACAAUAAGCCAGGAUAUAGGUCACACCACUUUCCAUUGGGCAAAGGCGACGAUCCUAUAG